AUGAUGCGCCUGCGCACGUCUCACAGCGUCGGCGCGCUGCUCCUGCUGCUGGCAGCGCGCGGCGCCCCGAGCGCCGGGUCGCGGUCGCCGGCGAGCGGGACGCUGGCCCGCCCGAGGCUGGAGGGCUCGGCGAGCGGUCGCCCUCGCGAGCCGCAGGCCGAGUUCGGGAGGCGCCAGGCUACCAGCGGCGCGCAGUUGCUCAAGCUUGUGGCGAGUGAUGGGGUCGCAGACGACUAUUUCGGAGUUGUGGUGGCCGUGAGCUCCGACGGGGCCCGCGUGGUGGUGGGGGCCCAUGCUGACGACGCCUAUUCUGGCUCCGUGCACGUGUUCGACGGUACCUCGGGCGAGAGGCUGCUCAAGCUUGUGGCGAGUGAUGGGGCCGGAUGGGACUAUUUCGGAUGGGCGGUGGCCGUGAGCUCCGACGGGGCCCGCGUGGUGGUGGGGGCCUAUUAUGACGACGACCAGGGCGACAAUUCUGGCUCCGUGCACGUGUUCGACGGUACCACCGGCGAGAGGCUGCUCAAGCUUGUGGCGAGUGAUGGGGCCGCAGACGACAAUUUCGGAUUCGCGGUGGCCGUGAGCUCCGACGGGGCCCGCGUGGUGGUGGGGCCAGUGAUGACGACGACGAUUCUGGCUCCGUGCACGUGUUCUGAUGGGGCCGCAGACGACUAUUUCGGAAUCGCGGUGGCCGUGAGCUCCGACGGGGCCCGCGUGGUGGUGGGGGCUUCUGACGACGACGACCAGGGCGACAAUUCUGGCUCCGUGCACGUGUUCGACGGUACCUCGGGCGAGAGGCUGCUCAAGCUUGUGGCGAGUGAUGGGGCCGCAGACGACUAUUUCGGAAUCGCGGUGGCCGUGAGCUCCGACGGGGCCCGCGUGGUGGUGGGGGCUUCUGACGACGACGACCAGGGCGACAAUUCUGGCUCCGUGUACGUGUUCGACGGCACCAUCGUCACCACCAGGACGGCCACGAGUUCCGCGGCGUCAAGCACUAUUACCACCAUCAAGACAACCACCGAGACAACAACUGAGACGACCACCGUGACGACCACCAAGACGGCCACGACGACCAUUGAUACGGGCACGAGUUCGGCCACAUCAAACACCACAGCCACCACCGAGCCAUGGGAAGUAAUUGCAGUCUUGAUCUUGGCUGGUAUCUGGAUCUUGUGCUUGGGCUGCGCUGUCGCGCUGGGCUGCCUGGUGAGGCGCGGGCCGUGGCAGGGGCCCAACACCCUAGCGCGGCAUUCACAAAGCCAGGCACCCCUCUGA